AUGUAUAUAUAUUUUUCCUACUUAUACGACCAUGUCGAUGAAACGUACACUCACUCCAAAACAAGCCAACCACCACCACCACCACCACUACCACCAAUGCUGGGCCAAUUCGUUGUGCUCAUCUCCCUACUUGUCUCCUGGUCCCUGGGGCAAAGCGUUUUCGCCAACGAGGACGACCCAAUCAUCGAACGUGUCGGCGCAUCGAAUUUCGCACAGGCAAUCACUUCAAAGGAUAUUAUCCUUGCAGAAUUCACCGUUCCAUGGUGCCCACACUCCAAGAUCUUCUUCCCACAACUGUACUCCGCGGCACAACAGUUGAAACCUCAUGGAAUCGACAUCAUCCAGAUCAAUUGCGAGAAGGAUGAGUACAUCUGCACGGAAUUGAAGAUCAACCACUACCCGACUUUGAAAGUGUUUAAGAACCACAGACUGGCAAGGACCGCAGACGCGGAGAAGGAUAAAACGACGGAGGGGAUCGUGCAGUUCAUGCUUGCACAACAGGUCUCCUCAGUGCAGAAAAUCUCCACCGAGGAACAACUACAAGACAUCUUGCAAACUAAUGAGGAAAACUUCGUCGUCGUGGAAAACGCAGUGACAGGGUUUAACAAAACUUACACGGAAUUGGCCAACGAAAUGUUUAACACCCACGUAUUUGUGUCCUUUGAGUCCAAGAACAACGAAACCAACUACGAUCUUGCCAUUUACAAACCGUUCAACACAACAUUGAACGAAACAAGAGGCGAACCCAUUGUGUACACUGGUGACUUGCAACCAAUCAUGGACAGCUCUCAAGAGUUUAACUCCUGGUUGCGGUACUCAGUUCUGCCUUACUUCGCUGAAGUCACACAGGACACUUUUUUCAGUUACAUGGAGAGUAAACUCCCACUAGCUUACUACUUCUACAUCAACAAGACAGAUUUCGAAAAAGAUAUGCCCUACUUUGAAAAGUUGGGACAGAAGUACAAGGGCCAGGUCAACUUCAUCGGACUGAACGCCUUGUUGUUCCACAACCACGUCAAGUUCUUGAACAUGAGAGAACAGUUCCCACUGUUUGCCAUCCAUAACAUGACCAACAACAGAAAGUACGGGAUCAAGCAGAUGCCUGCAGAGGAGUACCAAAAUUUGAAGCAGGUGCCCUUUUUGAACUUGGAAGAGGUCGCCCAGCUCGUCGAAGAUUUUGUUCAGGGCGUGGCCGACCCUCUUGUCAAAUCAGAGGAGAUCCCAGAGACCCAGGAGGGAAACGUCUUGAAAGUCGUCGCCAAGAACCACGACGAAAUCGUCCACGACGCCAAUAGGGACGUCAUCGUCAGAUACUACGCCUCCUGGGACGUCCACUCCAAAAGCAUGGAACCAUUGUACAACGAGCUCGCGGACAUAUUUGCCCAGGACGAAAGCACAAGGGACAAGAUCCUCUUCGUGGACGUCGACGCGGGCUCCAACGAUAUCCUCGCAUUCCCAGUGACAAGCUACCCAACCAUCGCCAUGUACCCAGCAGGUAGCGAGAGUGAACCAAUCGUACAGCAGGGACCCAAGACAGGUAAGUUUUUGCUAAGCUUCAUCCAAAACAGCGGUGCCCAUAAACUCAGCGGACAAGAACAGUACUACGCGAGACACCCUGAAGAGAAACAGCAGAAAUUGCCCGCAGUGAACGACAACGGAGACGUGAUUGUCAAUGCUGAUCCGGACCUGAAACAGGAGGCAGACCCCGUCGAACACGAUGAAUUGUAA